AUGGGCAAUGUACUUGAAUCGGCAUGCAAAUUGCGACCUUACAGUGAACCACAACGUAUUGUGAUGCUUGGUCUUGAUGCCGCAGGAAAGUCUACAAUCCUCUGCAGUAUGAACCUUGGAAAUAAUACCACAGUUAAACCAACCAUCGGUUUCAAUGUGGAUGAGGUUCAUAUUCCAGGAACACGAGUAUCCUUUGUGGUAUGGGACCUUGGAGGUCAGGAAUCACUCAGACUUAUUUGGCGUCAAUACCUUCAAGGCAUUGCAGGCCUUGUCUUUGUGGUUGACUCGGCAGACGUGUGUCGUAUUCAGGAGGCACGUUCUUGUCUCCAAGCUCUCAUCCGAGAUCCUAAUCUAGCAGGAGUCCCAGUUGCUCUCGUUGCAAAUAAACAGGACCUUGCAGACGCCCUCUCAGUUAGCCAGCUGGAAGAACUCCUGAGCCUAAGAAGCCUUUCUCCCAUCAGAAAUCCUUAUCUUAUCAGUCCCACAAUUGCUUUAAGUGGUCAAGGCGUCACGGAAUUAUUUGUUGACUUUGCAAAGUUGGUGAGAGUUCAGGCAAAACGAUGGGCGGCCUACACCCGCAGUAAUUCAUCUGUUAGCUCAGGAUCAGAAGAAUCUACUGGCAGAAAAAGCUUGAGGGAACGAAUAUCCGCUCAUAUGCCUCAGUUCCUCAGACGUAGUGAUGAAGCUUUUGUUUGA